UGCAUUUCAUAACUUCAGUCUCAAAUCUCGAAUUUUUUCUGUCUUCUGUCUUCUUCUCGCUACUCUUCUGUAAUUCAUAUGGAGUAUCGUGCUCUGGAUAUUAAGGUAUUGGAAGCUAAAGAUUUGAAAGAUGUCAAUCUUUUCUCGAAGAUGGAUGUCUACGUGGUGGUGACCAUCUCCGGCGACCCCAGGACGGUCCAAAAGACGCCGGUGGACAAGGACGGUGGCACCAGCCCCAAGUGGAAUUUUUCCAUGAAGUUCACGGUUGAUGAUGCUUUGGCCCACCAGAACCGCAUCGGCCUCAACUUUACGCUCCGGUCCAACCGGGCUCUCGGCGACAGGGAUAUUGGCGAGGUUUACGUGCCGCUGAAGGAGCUUCUCGACAACGCCAGCGACGAUAAGGUAGACCGGGUUGUCAGCUUUCAGGUGAGGAGGCAAUCCGGGAAGGCGCAAGGGACGUUGAGUUUUUCGUAUAAGUUCGGUGAGAAGUUCUCCGCUCCUGCGCCGGCGGCAAGGAAGGCGGACGAUCCGGUAAUGGCGUAUCCGGCGGUGGCGCCCGGGGCUGGGUCGAGCUCUGCUUAUGCGUAUCCACCAGCUGGAGGAUACCCACCACGAGGGGCGUACCCACCGUCAGCUGGAGCCUACCCACAUCAUGCGGGGGCGUACCCAUAUCCGCCAUCUUCAGGGUAUCCACAGGGCGGCGUUUAUGGGCAUCCGCCUCAAAUGGGAUAUGGGUAUGGGUAUGGAUGUCCACAACAGGUCCAGCAGCCGCAGAAGAAGAAGAACAAGCUUGGGCUGGGGCUGGGUGCUGGGCUUUUGGGUGGGCUUUUGAUCGGAGAUAUGAUGGGAGAUGUAGCCGGCUAUGAUGCUGGUUAUGAUGCUGGGUUUGACGAUGGCAUGGAUUUCUAAUUUAUUUUUAUUUUUAUUUUUAUUAUUUUUGGUUUUAGUUGGUUUGUCUUUGUGCAGAUACUAUGGUUUGAGGAUUUGAUUUCAACACUUUACUAAAGAAUCAUCCUUACCUCCAUUUAA